AUGGGAGAGGCGGCGUUCAUAUGGGUCAAGAAAGAUGAGAAUGAAUCUUCGGAUUCAUGGAAUGAGGAAGCUGAAAUGUCCGACUCAGCCAUUUCGAAGAAUAAGACCUUUGCGGGAAAAUGGACGAGGCUUGUCGUCGCUCUUCUGACUAUCGUCUCAAUCUUCACGCUCAGUACUUUCAUUUUCUUCCAGCAAACGUCAUUUACACACCCUCAAAAGUCCCAUUCAGAGUAUGUUCAACCGACAAAACCCCCGGCACCAAACAUCAUCGAAUACAAGGAGGAUAUCCCAUUAAUACCCCAACUUCGUGACACGAGCGAGUAUAUCCUGUCUGAAACAUGGGACUUCAGCGCAUCUCCAACGAUCAGAGAAUAUUUUUGGACAAUUGACCAAUCGAUACUGAAUCCAGAUGGCGUCUACCGACCCAUGCUUCUCAUCAACAACCAAUUUCCAGGCCCAUUGGUUGAAUGCAAUGAAGGAGAUACAAUCAUUGUACACGUCAAGAACGAGGCUCCCAACGCAACAGCGAUCCAUUUCCAUGGCAUGUUCCAGAACGGGACGAAUAAUAUGGAUGGUACUGUUGGUGUCACGCAAUGUCCAAUUGCGCCAAACUCAACAUUUACUUACAAGUUCAACGUCAAAGGGCAGCAUGGGACAUAUUGGUAUCAUGCCCAUCACAGCGCGCAGGCGUCUGAUGGAUUACUUGGGCCAAUGGUUGUGCACUCGAAAAAUGAACACGAACUUCAAAUAAUGGAUUAUGCGACCGAUCGAGUUGUCAUGGUGCAGGAUCACUAUCACAACUUGACUUCUGAACUGUUGAUGGAGUAUCUUGCUCCUGACCAAGAGAACAACGAACCCGUUCCAGACAAUGGUCUUAUCAAUGGACGGGGUGUUCGCGAUUGCUCCGACUUUCAAGGUUGGGAUUGCAACAGUACUGAUAGAGAGAUGCCGAACAUCAAUCUGGAAGCUGGUCAACGGCACAGACUUCGCAUCAUCAACGUUGGCGCAUUUGCCGAGUUUCAAAUCCAAUUUGACGAGCAUCCAUUCUACCUUACUGAAGUUGACGGCACGGAUGUGCAUCCUGAAUCACUCCAUCGACUCAACAUUCUCCCAGCACAACGGUAUAGUGUUAUCUUGGAUGCGAAUGUCACCACAGGGUCCGCCUUUUGGAUGAGAGCUCGGAUGGUAACGCAUUGUUUCAAGAAUGAGAACGAUCGAUUGGAAUCUGAAGCAAAAGCGAUCAUCCGAUAUCACGGCCCAGAAACCCCGUCUUCAGACGAGCAACCUACCAGCAAAGUAUGGCCGGAUGCCAUCGAAGUCAUUUGUCGCGACCUGAACACAAGUACUCUCCGACCUGUCGAAGUUAUCUCGCCACCUCCAGCAGACAAAAUCAUCAUUCUUAGGGCAAAUUUUGAAAUUGGUGACUGGCGCUUGGCAAGAGGUUUCUUCAACGAGUCAACGUGGCACCCAAAUAUCACCAGUCCAUCGCUACAUCGCUUCCUGGAUUCUGGUGUUCAAAGUACAUCAAAAAAGGCACCAAUUACAAUUAACGAGGGCGUGUUCGAUCGCAACAAAGAGCUUGUUCUAGAAACAACUGGCAUUCGAACAAUAGACAUUUCCAUCAACAAUUUCGACGAUGGUGCCCAUCCUUUUCAUCUUCACGGCCACAAAUUCUUCGUCCUUUUACAAGGAAGAGAUGGGUACCCACCCAGUCCCGCCGAGCUUCCAGAGUAUCUCGAAAAGCAUAGCCUUUUAGAUAACCCUCUAAGACGAGAUGUAGUCACCGUAGAGGGAUAUGCAUGGGCUGUCAUCCGGGUUGUGCUUGACAACCCUGGUCUUUGGGCUUUCCAUUGUCAUAACACCUGGCAUGCUGAGUCUGGGAUGGUCAUGCAGAUGUUAGUACGGCCAGAGGUUGUGAAAGAGUGGGAGCUUAGUUCUGAAGAAAGGGAGAUGUGUUCAAGAGAAGGUGUCGUGUCUGGAAUGAGGCCUGAUGAUAGUUUGUGGUUUGGACAGUUUAAGUCAUAG